AGAAUGGUGGGAGACAAGACGACGACGACAGGCGAGGAAAAGGUUGGAUGCACAGUACAGAUUUACCGCCGCCGUGUGUGGUUCCAGUUGAGUUGCUCAACUACUACUGCAACUGACAAAUGAUACGGGGACUUUACUACGACCGUAUCAGAUUAGCCUCGUGUCGGGAGCUGGUAGUAUAUGGAUGACAAGGCAUGUCAAACGUUUCUGUUGGCCGCUGCUACUGAUGGCCUGUUCAAAUGUGGAUGUGUUGAGGGCCCAUUCCAGUCGGCGAGGCAAAGACAAGUUGACAAGAGCCCACAUCGCCGUUAACGCAUGGACUCCCUCGCUCACAUAUCAACCAUGGCCCACGAAACGUCGAGGUCUCUCGAGCGGUACGAAGGAGGUACUGUGCGUAGCACCGCUGCCGGACACAGCGGGUCCCUUUGCUUGGGGACAUUGGCUCGCAAUGGGCAAUCCAUUUGGGGUCCACGGCUGCUGCCCAGUGGUGGAGACAAUCUAGGUGAUCCAUAGUGGAUAUUGAGACACAUCUAACACCUGGCUGAUGGUGACCCAAGCGAUCCUCAUAUCAGAACGGCAGGAAAGA